AUGGAGAUUCGCGCGGCGUCCCUGCGGUCGUUGGUCUCGCAUUCUUCAUCAUUCCUCGUCAGCUCUCUCAGGCGAUGUCGUUACCUCGCUGGCGAGUCUGGCUUGUUUUGGGACAAUCGUCCAGGCGCGCAGAGGUCCAGCUUGGGCAGUUUUUUUGUUUUCCCGGCUGCAGGCCCGACUGUACAGGUCAACCAGGGCUUGCAUUUGCUUGUGCGAGGUCUCUGCUACCCUCCCCGUAUUCAUCCUCAUCCUCCUCCCGCCUCUUUAUCUUCAAUUCUGAUUCCUCACAGGGGCACGGUCCCGGGAGGCUUCAUGAAGACGGCCUCCUGA